AACUUUUCGUAAAUUUUGAUAAAACUCAAUACUACCGUAAAGGAAAAACAACUCGAGUUCGGACAGUGUCUCGGAUACAGAUAGCUCGAGUUCCAAGGAGGGAAAAUCAAGCUCGUCGUCGGCGUCAACAUCGAUCACGACUAGUCAGCAAACAUCUUCUGAUUCUUACUCGUCAGUUUCUAACUCAGUCUGAAUUAAUGAAUUGUCUAUUUGAACUAAAUAAUGACAUCAGCACCCCCAGUCCAUCCCCUACUAGUGCAAAUUCGAGUACCGGAGGGUCUGCAUCGUUGAUGAUGAACGUGACAACUUCUACCCUGAACUUCCGUGCAACGUCAACGCCAACAACUCCCACCUCGAUCCCCCAUCCGAAUUCCGAAGGCCUCAGCGAUUCCGAUAUCGGCAUUAUCCUCAGCGCCGUAUUCGGCACAAUUAUUCUCAUGCUACUUCUCCUUGCCAUAUUCCUCAUCCUUCGUCGCCGCCGCCGUCUUCGUCGUUCGAGGCCCGAAAAUCAGACCCAGACCAGACCUUGGUACCAAUCUGAGCGUUUCCGGUGGGGUCCGCCUCUAAGGGGAUCAGAGGGCUCAAGAGGGGAUAGUCCGGAACUGUACGAAACGUCGAAGACUGCCCCGAUGUCAAUAUUGAAUAACCCGGAAUCAUGGGAUGUGUCUACGAUAGCGCCUUCUGACUCGGUUUCGCGGUUUGUUUCGUUGAAUAAAGGUCGGGAACUACAUGGAAGAGAAAGAGAACGGGGGCGGGGCCGGGAAUCGGUGCAGAGUCAGCGAAUCCAGAAGAAUCGGCAGAGUCAAAGUAGUCGGCAAAGUAGACUUCAUAUACCUGCAGGCAGCAUUCAUUUUAGGAAGAGUAGUAGGGAUCGUAGUGAUGAUAACAGUAGAGAUAGUACUCGAAAGAAUGAUCUUCAAUGGAGGGAGGAGGGAUCGGAUGUGGGAACGAGUGUUGUGGAAGCAACAAAUUGGGUCCAUGCUGGAGGUCCGCAACUCAUUCCCCAGAUUCGCAGCAAUGGAGCGGAAGGUGGCCGUCCACGAUAGGAAGCUUUUCUUGUACAUAUGUACCCUCAUCUUCAUAAGUGCGUUAGACAUAGACUGUCACAUAUACCCUUUGGACUCUUUGUGUAGUAUACCACAGCAGAACAGCUUUUUCGCAAUGUUUGUGCCAAAUACAUACUUCUACUAGCGAAGUAACAACCAUGUUCUGUCGGAUUGUUCGAGCGUCCCCUGAUGCAACGUUUCGCAGCUGUUCUUUUCCGGCUUCAAGUCUAUG